GGUUCGCCCCCCAGAGCUUCACAGCGUUUCAUCGACACAUCUGCAAUGUCUCCGAUAAAGGACUUCAGACUGACUUAUGAAGCUCUCAACGAAGAGGACACGUUUUCCGAAGGGGACACCGUCGUAGGCACAGUUACCUUUACUCUGACUAAAGAAACCAAGGUGAAGAAGAUUUUCGUCAAGCUGAAAGGGGACGCGUAUGUACACUGGACAGAGGGAAGUGGAGAUCACGAGAGCUCAUACUCUGGCUACAAGAAAUACUUCAAAGCCAAAGAAUAUUUAGUGGAAGAAAGUUCUACAGGCACCAAACUUCCCACAGGAAACAGUCAGUUCAAGUUCAGCCUCAAAAUCCCACAGGAUGAUAUGCCGUCAUCCUUCAAAGGGGUUUAUGGAAGGAUCACCUACAUGCUUACAGCGACGCUGUCCAGGAGUUGGCACAUGGAUUCAAAAGUUCAAAAAGAGCUAAAAUUUCUUUCAAUAUCCUCAUUUAUGGUCUAUGGCGAAGUAAUGUGUCCCCACUCUGGUUCAGUGGAUAAAGAGAUUGGGGUUUUCUCCAAAGGACAGGUCCAAUUGUCGGCUACUGUUGACAGAAAGGUUUGCUCUCCAGGUGACACUUUAUCUGUUGUGGCCAAAAUCUGCAACUCUUCUUCCAAAAAAAUGAAGCCCAAAUUCAGUGUAGAGCAGAGAGUAGUGUACAGUUCCGGGACCAAUAGUACAUGCAGUUUCCAAAGUGUUUGCAAAAUGGUUGGUGACACUCUCCAAAGGCACGAGGAAACUGUCUCCUGCCAAUUGAAGAUUCCUGCUGAUGCCGUCCACACCAUCCGUAAUUGCGAAAUCCUCUCAGUUGAAUAUUUCCUCAAGGUCUAUUUGGACAUCAGUUUUGCCGUUGACCCAGAGGUGGUGUUACCUCUGGUGAUCGUUCCUUCUACCUUUGCUACCCUUCACCCUGGUGAGGCUAUGGGGCCUUACCCAGCUGGACCUCCUGGGGCCCCAAGUUACAACGACUUUCCUCCCCCUGCAUUCCCUGCUGGACCAUGUCCUGUACCCGCAGGUCCACCUUAUCUUGCACCUGUAGGUCCAGGUUCUUAUGGAUACCCAGCCCCAUAUCCUGCUCAGCAGGCGAACGCAACAAGUGGUUUCAACAAUCAAUGGCCACAACAAGUCACUCCAUACGGGUUUCCAACUGCAGCUUUCCCACCAUCCUCAGUGCAGCAUCAAGGCCCUACUGCUCCACCUGUGUUUCAACAGGGAGAAGACCCUCCAAACUAUAUGUCCCUUUUCCCCUCUUCUCAUUAGACUUUUGGUAGCACCGGGUCACAGCUUUAAAAGCUGAAGUAUGACUCGUCAUCAGAAAACAAUGUGUAUUUUUUUACGAGCAUUAUUCCUCAAAGUGUCCUUGUACUUUUUCAGCGUUUUCCAGUUGAAAGAAACUGGACAAAAUCUAAAAGCAAAAUCAAACAAAAUGUUUUUUUUUAAAUUAAAGAAAUAGACAAAGAAACCAUAUAUGCUGCAUAUAUUUUACCUAUACUAUCAGUCUGUUGUGUUUGAUGGGAAACUGACAUGGCAUGAAACUAUAACUGUUAAAAAAACAAAUAACUACUAACACUGAUCUUUAAGUCUGUUGUUUGUUUUCAUUUCUAGACAAAUCUCAUUCUCAUUAAUCAACAGCAUGCCUUUUUUUUUCCUUUUUAUAAAUAAAAUCACUUAAAUGUA